CGUGUGGAGGCUUCAUUGAGCUGAGUGAUUUUGACCCACCUGGCUACCUGACUUCACCCAACUAUCCACAGAACUAUCCCACCAACAGUGACUGUAUUUGGGUGAUCACUGUGCCCAAUGGGGAAGCUGUCCAAAUUGACUUUGAAGAUGAAUUCUACAUUGAGCCCACAACUAGCUGUAUCUAUGACUACUUGGAGAUCCGAGAUGGCUCAUCAAUCAAUUCUGACUUAGUUUCCCGGCUCUGUGGGAACACCAGGCCAUCCACACAACAUUCCAAAGGUUCUUCAAUGCUGCUGAGGUUUCGCACUGACCACAGUGUGACACACAAAGGAUUUAAAGCAAAAUACUCCAUAGCCACCUGUGGAGGAACCUACAUAGGUAGCACAGGUGUGGUUCAAAGCCCUGGCUUCCCAGGAUCGAACUAUCCUGAUAGCUCCAGCUGUGAGUGGUACCUCGAGGGGCCCACUGGGCACUACUUGACCCUCAGCUUUGGGAACUUCAGCCUGCAGAACACUCCAGGAUGUACUGCUGACUACGUGGAGCUCAGAGAGUACAAUGCUUCGGGGCGUCUGCUGGGUCGACACUGUGGAAACAAUCUCCCUGCUUCUGUUGAUACGUCGGACAGUUUUGCGUAUGUCAAGUUUGUGAGUGACACCAGUGGAAAUGCAGCUGGCUUCAGGCUGACGUUUGAAGCCAGCAUUGAAGCUUGUGGAGGACAACUGAAUGCUCCCUCAGGAACCAUCUCCUCCCCCAACUAUCCCAAUCURUAUCCUCACAACCGAGUGUGUCGCUGGGAGUUAGUGGUGACCCCGGGCCGCAGAGUCACGCUCACCAUCAACGACCUGCGGUUGGAAGGCUCUGGUUCUUCAUGUGUCUUUGACUACGUGGAUGUACUGAAUGGGCUGACUGCAGAUGCUCCACGCCUCCAGAGGUUCUGUGGUACGGUACCAGCAGGAACUCAAGUGCGUUCCUCCAGCAACACAAUGACUGUUGUGUUCAACACUGAUGCUUCUGUGUCCAACGGUGGCUUCAUGGCUACUUACACUUCUGAUGAGCCUGCAGAGUGUGGUGGAGUUCUUGACAAUCCAGCAGGUGGGAAUUUCACUUCACCUGGCUACCAAGUGUCCAAUUACAGCAACAACCUGAACUGUGAGUGGUUAAUCGAAAACCCGAGUCACGUCAACUCCUCGAUCGUGGUGCUUAUUCAGGACCUGCAUCUGGAAAAUCAUCAGACUUGUCAGUCAGACUUCCUGCAGUUUCGUUUAGGUGACUCAGACGGGGACAUGUUGGCCAAGUUCUGUGGACAAACCGCUCCACAAAUCCCCAUUGUUGUGUUUACACCAAAGCUCUGGGUCCAUUUUCAGACGGACUCAUAUGAAGGCGACUUGGGCUUCAAGGCCUUGUACUCAUUCUCUGAAUGUGGAGGRUGGCAAACGGGUGAAGGAGGGGUGAUGUCCAGUCCCAAUUAUCCCAACAUCUAUCCCAGCCCCAGUCGCUGUGCUUGGCUGCUAGAAGCUCCAGUUGGACACACAAUCACACUGACUUUCAGCUAUUUCAGCCUGGAGCCACAUACCACCUGCAGCUGGGACUCUGUGACCAUUUUUAAUGGAGGUUCCCCUGGCGCUCCUAUUAUUGGGCAGUACUGCGGCACCACUUCUCCUGGAACUGUCCAGUCAGGCACCAAUAAGCUGGCUGUGGUUUUCCUGGCUGACCACAGUGUGUCUAGUGGUGGAUUCAUUGCCACCUGGUCUGCUGACUCUUCUGGCUGUGGAGGGGUGAUCCAUGCUGAUAGUGGAACGUUUAAGUCGCCAAAUCAUCCCCAAAACUUCCCAGCCAAUGUGGAGUGCACCUGGCAGGUCAUUGCUCACGAGGGAAACCACCUGGAGAUGAGCUUCAGCCCUAAUUUUGAGAUUCCAGAUCCUACUGGGACCUGCCGGAACAGCUACAUCAAGGUGUGGUCAGGCAGCUCCCAAAAUGAUGAAGCUCUGCUGAAGACAGGCUGUGGCUCAGUGACACCAGGACCUGUUGUUGCCCCAUAUAACAUCAUCUCGAGUCGAUUUCAAUCUUCUGAUUCCCCCGGGAAAGGGUUCUCUGCUACUUUCAGUACCCGGUGCGGCGCAAACUUCACAGCAGCCAGUGGUCGUGUGGUCUCUCCAAAUUUUCCAGCUAACUACCCCGACUAUUCUAACUGCAACUACACUAUAGAUGCUGGAGAGCAGACUGUGAUCAUCCUCACCUUCCAGGUUUUCCAACUAGAAACACAUUCCACAUGYCUGUAUGAUGGUCUGAAGAUCUAUAACCCACCCACUAGUAGCACUCCUAUGGCCACUUUAUGUGGUACAAACAUCCCAGGUCCCUUUUCCACUUUUGGUCCCAUGCUACUCCACUUCUACUCAGACUCUGUGAUCACCAGCAGCGGCUAUAUGGCUGAAUACAGAACCAUUCCAUGUGGCGGGUAUUUUAACAGCACCGCAGGUACUGUGAGCAGUCCAGGACUCUCCACGAUCAACUACCACCACAACAUCAACUGUACCUACCACAUCGUUGUCCAAGCAGACAGAGUGAUAGAUCUCAAGUUUAACACCUUCCAUCUGGAGGCGUCUUCUUCCUGUCGUUACGACUAUGUAGCAGUUUAUGACGGACAGGACACCUUAGCGCCCUUGCUGGGGAAAUUCUGCGGCACAGUGCUUCCACCUAAUUUGCGCUCCUCCACAAACCAACUGUUCAUAGUCUUUGCGACAGAUUCCUCAGUCAGUGGUUUAGGUUGGAGAGCUACUUACGCUGAAACGCUYGGUCCAGCUCAAGGCUGCGGCGGUUACCUCUCCAUGCCUAUGGGCAUGUUUGGUUCACCAGAUCCAAACCUGGAUGGACGUUAUGAGCCCAGGAUGGACUGUUUAUGGACCAUUGAGAUGCCAGUGAACAAGGCCAUCAAUCUAACUUUUAUCUCCUUUGACCUUGAGAACUCCUUCAAUUGCUACUAUGAUUACGUCAAAGUGUAUGACGGUGACAACGUGAACUUCCCUGUGGUUGGGACUUUUUGUGGACUUACCAUUCCUGCUUACUUUUUGUCAAGUGGGAACUUCCUGACAAUUCAUUUUGUCACUGACAGCUCAGUAGAGAAGCGAGGCUUCAACGCCACCUACAGAGCAGUACCAUUGAUUUGUGGCGGGACUCUGAAUGCCACAAGUUCUGCACAGACCCUGACCUCACCCUCCUUCCCUGGUGGCUACCCUCCUUUCACCUCCUGUCGCUGGAUCCUCGAUGCCCCGCCCCUAGAAACCAUUAAAGUGUCCGUCCAGACUUUUGCCCUCCAACCGAGCCAAGACUGCUCAACAAACUACCUGGAGAUGAAGGAUUGGCCUUUGGGGGACUAUGGACAGUCAUAUAAGUUCUGCGCAUCAGAUGGUCAUCCAACAGACUUUUACAGUCAUGGUAGAACCAUCCAUGUGAACUUCAAAUCUGAUGUCUUCAUGACAGGAAAUGGCCUCAGUUUCACCUUUCAGAUUGCCAGCUGCAGCCGAACAUAUGAACAAGAAUAUGGUUACCUGAAGAGUCCAGGGUGGCCUGACGUCUACCCCCACAACAUGGAUUGCAUCAUCAUACUAAAGGCUCCACAGAACAACUCCAUCUCUUUCUUCUUUAACAAUUUUGACUUGGAGAGCCAUGUCAACUGUGACUUUGACUAUUUGGAGGUCCGUAAUGGAAGUACUGCGAGCUCGCCACUGAUUGGUCGGUUCUGUGGCAGCACCCUGCCCAGCCCCAUCUUCCCACGAUCUAACCUGCUCUACCUACGCUUCAAGAGUGACUUUUCCUUUUCCCGAGAUGGCUUCGACGCAACGUGGACAUCCUCUCCUCACGGUUGUGGCGGCAUCCUUCAUGGAGACCGUGGCUCGUUCUCCAGUCCCAACUAYCCAGGAACAUAUCCCAACAAUACUAACUGUGUAUGGGACAUUAAGGCGCCAAGGGGCCGUGUGGUGACCAUCACCUUUGAUCAGAUUAGCAUCGAUGACCCAGGAGAUUGUCAAAGCAACUUCUUAAAGUUGUAUGAUGGCCGAGACGACUCUUUACCACCUGUCGGACCUUACUGUGGAAUGGAAACCAGCAUCGCUCCAUUUACCUCCUCCUCCCACGAGGUUCACAUCGUUUUCCAAGCCCAGUACUCCACCUUACCAUCAGGGUUCAAACUCAGCUGGAGCAGCUGAAAGAAUGUUUUUCUUUAUAUAUUUUCACACUGUACAUGCACACAUUUGUAGAAUUGUUAACAUUUCAAAUUACCUUUAAAGUAAAAUGUCUAUUAGUGGGUCUUUUUGUUUUGUUUUUAUUAAACUAGCUUAAUGAAGUCCAUAUAAUAUUAAAAUUAAUAAAAUAUUUAUGA